GGUUCUAGCUAUUCACUGCCAGCUGCCCUAUAAUCUUUAUUACUUCGUUGCUGCUGCUGCUGCUGCUGCCUUGCCUUAAAAAUUAGCCCUAGCUAUGUAUGGUCCAACCAGCAACAGCAAUUUCGACUCGUUGUUUGUUGAUGAUGAUGAGCACCACAGUUUCUACCUCACCAACAGCAUGUUGACACCUAAUCUCCCCACAGAGACCCUCCUAAACCCUAACCCUAAUCCAACUGAUCAUCAUAACUACACCUAUCCCUUCAUCAACUCCCCUAACAACAACUUCCUCCACUAUUCCCCAACUCCAACUUAUUACGAUGAUUUCUCCCUAUCCCACUUCUUAGCUCAAUACCAGCACCAAGACGAUCAACAAGAGAACGACCAGCUAAUUCAACCUCCUCCUCCUCCUCCACCGGCUGCCGAGGCUCCAAGCAAGGAGAAGAAGAAUGAGGUCAUGAAGGAAACUAGCAACAGCGGUGGUGGUGGUGGUGGUGAAAGGAAGGCGGCGAGACCACAGAGGCGGAGGGCGGUUGGGAAGACGGACAGGCACAGCAAGAUCUACACGGCGCAAGGAGCGAGGGACAGGAGGAUGAGGCUUUCCCUCCCCAUAGCGCGGAGGUUCUUCGAUUUGCAGGACAUGUUGGGGUUCGACAAGGCCAGCAAGACCAUCGAGUGGCUGUUCCACAAGUCCAAGUCCGCCAUCAAGGACGCCCUCAGCAUCGCUCUCCCCGGUGACGACGAAGGAGUUUUCAGCUCGGAGAGUGAAGAAGCUGUGUCGUCCGUCGGCGGAAGUGGGGAGGAGAUCGACAAGUUGAGAUCGACAAAGAUUGGUAACAAGGCAGGAAACAAGGGACAUAUUAGUAACCCACCAUCAACAGGUGGUUGUGCAAUGAAGGAUCCCAUGGUGGCGAGGGAGUCUAGAGACAAGGCGAGAGCGAGGGCAAGGGAAAGAACCAGGGAAAAGAUGAUGAUGAUCGCCAAUGGCCAUAACUAUAACCUACUCAGCAACCCUAAUAAUGGUUCUUCUUGUUCUUUCUCUUCGAUUAUUAUGGACUAUCCAUUGGUUCAUGAUUCCCGUACACACCAAAACCCUAGACCUCCAUCAUCGUCACCAUCAUCAAAUAUUCCUCAGGACCUGCAGGUUCAGUCAGCAUGGGACGAAUACUCAAGUCUUGGCAGCAGGUAUGGCAACAGCUUCUACUAAUUAAUUACAAACACCAUCACCAUUUAAUUACCCCCACACUAUUAUUCUACUUUCAUUUGAUGAUGAUCAUGGAUCACAGAAUGAAGAAAAGAAACAAGGAAGAUGAGGGAAUAAUUAAGCCCUGUAAUUUCU